CUGGGUGCUUCCAUGGAGUUAUGUUUGGGGCUUUUUUGCUGUACUUCCUGUUCAGCACAGCCUGUCACAGUCGGAGUUGUGACAGCCAAAGACACCUCUGUGACUGCACCCAAGGAAGACUUCUGGGCCAGAGAGGAAGCAGCAGGUGGGACCACAUUCCUCUCCCCACACACGGCGUCCAAGUCCCCAGCCUGCCCUGCCUGCGACCGGAGCCAGCUGCCGCCACCCCUCAAAGGCUUGCUUGCCCAUCACUGCGCCCUGCCCACUCUGGGUCCCGGGGACCUGCAAUGGCCUGCCGCUCCUGCAUCGUCGGCUUCGGCAACCUCAACAGCUGUGAGGUGACCCAGGCGAGUGGUCCCUGGUCUGGGACCUCCGGAUGGAGCAAUUACAGGGCCCCCGAGCCGGGCUUCAGCUCCAGCAGUCUCACAGGCUGCCUGACAGCUAGCACCAUCCCCAAGGUGACCGUGAACCCCAGCCUGCUAGUACCUCUGGACCUCAAGGUGGACCCAGCCAUCCAGCAGCAGGAGAGCCAGAAGAUGGAGGAAAUGAAGGUCCUCAAUGAUAAGUUUGCCUCCCUGAUCGGCAAGGUGCGAGCCUUGGAGCAUCGCAACCAGCUGCUGGAAACCCGAUGGCGCUUCCUGCAGAGCCGGGACUUGGCAGCCUUUGACCUUGGACACCUCUACGAGGAGUACCAGGGCCAACUGCGGGAGAAACUGCGCGAAGUGAACCAGGAGGGGGGCCAGCUUGAGACCAAACUGCGGCAGGAGCUUGAGACGGUGAAGGCGUUUCAGAUCAGGUAUGAGGACGAGAUCUCCAAGCGCACGGACAUGGAGUUCACCUUUGCGCAACUGAAGAAGGACCUGGAUGCAGAGUGUCUUCGACGGACAGGACUAGAGAACAAGUUAAAAGGCCUGAAGAGCUUUGUGGUCCUGAUGAAAAGCAUCUACGAGCAGGAGCUGAAGGACCUGGCAGCCCAAGUGAAGGAUGUGUCGGUGACCGUGAGUAUGGACAGCCGCUGCCACAUUGACCUGAGCGGCAUCGUGGAGGAGGUGAUGGCCCAGUAUGACGCCGUCGUGGCUCGCAGCCUGGAAGAGGGCAAGGCGUACUCCCAGAGCCAGCUGGAAGAGCGGGCUGCCUGCUCAGCCGAGUCUGGGAACAGCCUCCAGAGAAGCCGCGGCGAGAUCGCUGACCUCAAAGUGCACAUCCAGAAGCUCCGAUCCCAGAUCCUCUCCAUCAAGAGCCAUUGCCUGAAACUGGAGGAGAACAUCAAGGCAGCCGAGAGCCAGGGUAAGCUGACCUUCCAGGACGCCAAGGCUAAGCUGGCCCAGCUGGAGGCCGCCCUGCAGCAGGCCAAGCAGGACAUGGCGCAGCAGCUGCGUGAUUACCAGGAGCUGAUGAGCACCAAGCUGGCCCUGGACGUGGAGAUCGCCACCUACCGCAAGCUGCUGGAGGGCGAGGAGAGCCGGAUGGACUUGCCCUCAGCCACUAUGAUCAGAUCCAUGCAGUCCAGAUCUAGAACUGCCCGUACCCUGCCCCACCCCUUAUGUUCCCUGUAGCUGCCUCCAAGUGUGGCCUCUUGAGAGCCCCCUCCUGGAAAAAGAAAACCAGGGGAGACCUCGUGAUCAAAAUCACUGAAACCUCAGAAGAGUUCCUCUCGCAGGAGUCAGAGCUCUCACAGUAAGGCUGCUGUCCAGACCCCAGGAGCCCCACGUCAUUCCCCUGCAGCAGGACGAAUAUAAGCUAGACUCAAGAAAGCAGCUUGGAGCCUCUAGGUUGGGAAGGAAGGCAAACCUGACCCUGAACUAAGAAGAGGAGGGUUGGAAACAGUGACUGCUUUUCUGUGGGUUGCCAGGGAUCCGACAGGACUGUCACCAGCUAUUCAAAGUCACUGGGCUCCAUAUCAAUAUCUCACAGUCCCACCCUUCCAACCUCUGGCCAGAGGUUUUCCUGACUGGGUAAACUGGAAUCGGGCGUCUGCUUUCCCUGCACCUCCUCGCUCCUCCCCCCGACAGAGGGCUCUGAACCAAGGUCCCUCUGACCCUUUGCCCAACCCUUGCCCUAAGCUCACAUCUCAAGUCUUGCCUUGCCUUUGCCUCGGAACCGAGGCGAUGCCCUUUUUCCCCCAGCCCUGGCCAGCCACGGGCCAGGGGCUGAUGGGACUGCCUGGGCACCCUCUGCAUCUGGAGUUCCUGGGGAGGCUGGGUGCUGAGGACCCCUGGCUUUCCUGCACCACCUGGGCUCCCUGGAGACCUGACAGUAUUAGGAAGGGAGGGGAAGAGGCUCCCUGGGUGUUUGGGACCUGAGCCCGGACCUCUGAGAUCAGCGCAGACACCUGUGCCCCUUCCCUCCUCCUGUGGGUCCCUCCCAGCAGGUCACAGUCAGACGUGGACAGGCUGCCCAGCCAGCUCCCAAGCCCCUUCUCUAGAAGUUAUUCUUGCCAUGAUGAACUCCCUGGCGGGGAAGUGGGAAGCGGGGAGGCCACAUGGCAACCGGAGAUCAGGCAGGAGAACUGGACCCUCCUUUCUCCUCCCUGCCAUCCUGGGGUUCACCACCUUGCCUGGGAUCUGAGCUCUCUGCCUCCCACCCAGGUGUUUCCCAGCCUGAAACCUGGCUUGGGUGCGCCAGGCCCUUGAGACCCCCUAGCCCCACCCCUGCCAUGAAACCCCAGGCCCAUUUCCCAUGAACCCCACUCCUGGGUGUCUCUGUUCUCUGCAUGGGGCCAAGCAGCCUGGCCCUCGCCUCCUCUGCACCCACACCUGUGGGUUAGAGCUCCUUCCCUUCUCCCCCCUCCGCGCCUCCUCCCUCCAUGCCCGCCCCCGUGCCACCGGGGUGGGAGGGUAGAUGGGUCAUGAAGAAGGCACUGUCCACUCGGGUCUGGGAGCUGCUGAGCCCUUGAGGUCGGGCGGGAGGGCCCCGAUAACAACCAAAGAGAAAUUGUGCAGCGAUCCAACAAGAUUUGGGGCUCCUCUUUCCUCCCCUUGGCUCUCACCUUCGGAGGCUUGCAGGGGGAUCCUGGCAGCUCCAGCCUGCCACUCCAUAAGCCACCUUCCUUCCCUACCUGCCCCUUGCCUCACCUCCUCUUCUAGCCCCAGUUUUGAUUCAUUCAUCUUGUUUUCCAGGAGAGGGUGGCCCAAGGCUCUGGCCCCCUCCUAGGUCUCAGGGUCCUCCAGGCCUGUGGGGGGCACUGAAGGGCUACUGACUCUCAGGCUUGAGGGAACUCAGACAUACACUCAUCCCUCAAGUCCCAAAAGGGUGCUGAUUGCUGCUUUUUCUCUGCCUAUUUAUUGGUUUCCAAGGGAGCAAAUCCUCAGUGGGGAUACAAGAUAUAAAAAGUAUAUAUAUAUAUAUAUUAUUUUUUCAUAACUUAUACAUCUUUUAACUUAUUGCUUCUCUUCCUGUUUCUGCGUAAUCAGUGCUAUGUAUUAUACUAUCUGGAGAGACAACACGUCAGCCACCCCACCUGACUGGCUGACUAUAUUGGGGCAAUGCCCCCUUCUCCCCGCCAAGGGAUGAAUAAAGUGCUGAGAUUUGUCCAUGGAUAAAGCUGUGUGUCUGUUUUUAUCUCCCCUCUCAGGAUUGGUCAGUCACUGGUCAAUCAGGUUGACCACAGGACUUUGGAAAUUCUCCAGUUAUGGGGAAAGGAGUCCAGGGACCUAGUUAUACCUUCAAACCAAUGCAACUUGGAUACAAAAAGUUCUCCUGCCCCACCAUCCAACAAGAAGGCUGUACCGGUGUGACCUAUGUUCCCAGCGCCUCCCGAUAUGCCCAGGCACCACGUGGCCGCCUCAGCAAGCACAGACACGGGGGAUUCCCUAUGUGACGGCGGUUCCCCCUCAAGCACUUCCGUCUGAUUGGGCUGGUUGGCACAGCCCAGAAUAUUUUCUGAUAGGUACAGGCCUAAUCCUGCCCAAUCAAAUUCAAGAUCAACAAACAAGGAUUGAGGGCCUUAUCCCAGCCCAGCCCUGUGGUAGGACACCUAUGAGCAUUCCCCACCCCGCCACCUCGAGAAGCUCGCUGUCAGGUCAAGAGAGGAGCUAUCUGCUCACAGCAGCCAGCUGAACUUCCUCUCCAAGUGAAGAAAGCAGGGGAGAGGGGCUUGUUCAGGGAACCCGGGGAUAGGAAGAAGAGAUGUCUCAAGGACAGGAAUCUUGGGGGUGAAGAAGGGCCUUUGAAGCAUUCGUGUCCUGGCUCACCCACUCACUGGAAUGAAGCCUCAAACAGAGCCUCACUUUUCCCAUCUGUAAAGUGAGCAUACAGCUUCCCU